CGGCUGCACUACUCUAUGGCUGCGCUCUUUGACAGCCGCUCCGAUGACCUCUUCACCGUGGACCCUGUCACUGGUGCCAUCAGCACCGCUGCACUGCUGGACCGUGAGAGCAAGAGCACUCAUGUGUUCCGUGUGACAGCAGUGGACCACGGGACACCCCGGCGCAGUGCCAUGGCCACACUGACAGUGACAGUGAGCGACACCAAUGACCACGACCCGGCCUUUGAGCAACCAGAAUACCGGGAGAGUGUGCGAGAGAAUCUGGAGGUGGGCUAUGAGGUAUUGACAGUGCGGGCCACCGAUGGUGACGCUGGUCCCAAUGCCAACGUCCUCUACCGCCUCCUCAAUGCCGGUGAUGCCAAUGAGGUCUUUGAGAUCGAUUCCCGCUCAGGCGUCAUCCGCACCCGUGGCCCUGUGGACCGGGAAGUAGUGGAUGCCUUUGAGCUGUUGGUGGAGGCCACAGACCAGGGCCAGGAUCCAGGUCCCCGGAGUGCCACAGCCACUGUCCGCAUCGCUGUGGAGGACGACAAUGACAAUGCGCCGCAGUUCAGCGAGCGACGUUACGUGGCACAGGUCCCUGAGGAUGUGGUGCCCAAUGUGGCAAUUUUGCAGGUGAUGGCCACCGACCGUGACAAAGGCAGCAAUGCACUGGUGCACUACAGCAUUGUCAGCGGCAACACUCGUGGGCACUUCUACAUUGAUGCACAGACAGGCACGCUGGAUGUCGUUACCCCUCUGGACUACGAGGUCACCAAGGAGUUCACCCUGAGGAUCCGGGCGCAGGACGGUGGCCGCCCACCUCUCUCCAACAUCAGCGGUUUGGUUACCAUCCAGGUGUUGGAUGUCAAUGACAAUGCACCCAUCUUUGUCAGCACACCCUUCCAGGCCACUGUGCUGGAGAAUGUCCCUGUGGGCUACUCCGUCAUCCAUGUACAAGCCAUUGAUGCCGAUUCAGGUGACAACAGCCGGUUAGUUUACACCCUGCUGAAGACUGGCACCAGUUUCCCCUUUACCAUCAACAACAGCACCGGGUGGAUUGUGGUGGCCUCUGAGCUGGAUCGGGAGGUAGUUGACUUCUACAGUUUUGGGGUGGAGGCGCAGGACCAUGGCACCCCCCCAAUGGCCUCCACAGCCAGCGUCAGUGUCACCAUCCUGGAUGUCAAUGACAACAGCCCUGAGUUCACCCAGCGGGAGUAUGGCGCCCGCCUGAACGAGGAUGCGGCAGUGGGCACCAGUGUCCUGACUGUCUCUGCUGUCGAUCGUGACGCUUACAGCGUCAUCACAUACCAGAUCUCCAGCGGCAACACCCGCAACCGGUUCUCCAUCACCAGCCAGAGCGGUGGUGGGCUCAUCUCCCUUGCCCUGCCCCUGGACUACAAGCUGGAGCGGCAGUACCUGCUCACCAUUGCUGCCUCUGAUGGCACCCGCCAGGACACUGCCCAGGUGGUUGUCAAUGUCACUGAUGCCAACACCCACCGCCCUGUCUUCCAGAGCUCCCACUACACCAUCAACAUCAAUGAGGAUCGGCCAGUGGGCACAACAGUGGUGGUCAUCAGUGCCACAGACGAGGACACGGGGGAGAACGCCCGCAUCACCUACCUGAUGGAGGACAGCAUACCCCAGUUCAGUAUUGCUGCUGAUACUGGUGCUGUGACCACCCAGAUGGAGCUGGACUAUGAGGACCAGGUGUCCUACACCUUGGCCAUCACGGCGCGGGACAAUGGUAUUCCGCAGAAAUCUGACACAACUUACCUGGAGAUCCUGGUGAGUGAUGUCAAUGACAACGCACCCCAGUUCCUCCGUCAUUCCUACCAGGGAUCCAUCUAUGAGGAUGUCCCCACCUUCACCAGCGUCCUCCAGGUCUCUGCAACUGACCGUGACUCUGGGCUCAAUGGCAGGGUCUUCUACACCUUCCAAGGGGGUGAUGAUGGUGAUGGUGACUUCAUCAUUGAGUCUACCUCAGGCAUUGUCCGCACCUUGCGCCGUCUGGACCGGGAGAAUGUGCCGCUGUAUUCCCUGCAGGCAUUUGCUGUGGAUAAGGGGGUCCCAGCCCGGCGGACGCCAGUAGAGAUCCAGGUGACAGUGUUGGAUGUCAAUGACAACCCGCCUGUGUUCGAGCAGGACGAGUUUGACAUCUUUGUGGAGGAGAACAGCCCCAUUGGGCUGGUGGUGGCCCGGAUCACUGCCACCGACCCUGACGAGGGCACCAAUGCCCAGAUCAUGUACCAGAUCGUUGAGGGCAACAUCCCUGAGGUCUUCCAACUGGAUAUCUUCUCUGGAGAGCUCACCGCCCUGGCUGACCUGGACUAUGAAACCAAGGCUGAAUACAUCAUGGUGGUCCAGGCAACCUCGGCACCACUAGUGAGUCGGGCCACCAUCCAUGUGCGCCUGCGUGACACCAACGACAACAGCCCCCAGCUCAAGAACUUCGAGAUCCUCUUCAACAACUACAUCACCAACCGCUCUGGCAGCUUCCCUGGGGGUGUCAUUGGCCGCAUCCCUGCCUAUGACCCUGAUGUCUCUGACCACCUCACUUAUGCUUUUGAACAGGGCAAUGAGCUCAACCUCGUGCUGCUGGACCCACACAGUGGGGACCUGCGCCUCAGCCCGGCCCUGGACAACAACCGCCCACUUGAGGCCAUCAUGAGGGUGUCUGUCUCUGAUGGCGUUUACAGUGCAACAGCACAGUGCACGCUGCGGGUGACGGUGAUCACAGAUGAGAUGCUCAGCAACAGCAUCACCCUGCGUUUGGCCGACAUGUCCCAAGAACGCUUCUUGUCUCCGCUACUCAGCCGCUUCCUGGAGGGAGUGGCCGCUGUCCUGGCCACCCCCCGCCACCGCGUCGUCCUCUUCAACAUCCAGGCGGACACAGACGUGGGGCCGGCGCGGAUCCUCAAUGUCAGCCUCUCGGCACUGCUGCCGGCGGCGGUGCCGGGCGCAUCGCGGUUCUUCUCGUCGGAGGAGCUGCAGGAGCGGCUGUACCUUAACCGAUCGCUCCUGGCAGCUACCACGGCCCAGCGAGUCCUGCCCUUUGAUGACAACGUGUGUCUGCGCGAGCCCUGCGAGAACUACAUGCGCUGUGUCUCUGUCCUGCAGUUCGACAGCUCCGCGCCCUUCCUCGCCUCCGACACGAUCCUUUUUCGCCCCAUCCACCCCGUCACGGGCCUGCGCUGCCGCUGCCCGCCUGGCUUCACCGGCGACUACUGCGAGACCGAGAUCGACCUCUGCUACUCCAGCCCCUGCGGCAACAACGGGCGGUGCCGGAGUCGUGAGGGUGGAUACACUUGCGAGUGCCACGAAGACUUCACUGGGGAGCACUGUGAGCUGAGUGCCCGAGGGGGCCGCUGCACCCCAGGGGUCUGCCGGAAUGGGGGCACCUGCCUGAACCUGCUGGUGGGGGGAUUCCGGUGUCAGUGCCCCCCCGGGCACUAUGAGAAACCCUUCUGCACCAUGAGCACCCGCAGCUUCCCCCCGCACUCCUUCCUCACCUUUCGUGGCCUCCGCCAGCGCUUCCACUUCACCUUGGGCCUCACGUUUGCCACGCAGGAGCGGGAUGGGCUCUUGCUGUAUAAUGGGCGCUUCAAUGAACGGCAUGACUUCGUGGCACUGGAGAUUGUGGACGAGCAGCUGCAGCUCACCUUCUCAGCAGGUGAGACCACCACCACGGUGUCACCCUUCGUGCCAGGAGGAGUCAGCGAUGGGCAGUGGCACCGGGUGCAGCUGCACUACUACAACAAGCCGGUUGUGGGGCGCUCAGGGGUCCCACAGGGCCCCUCAGAGCAGAAGGUGGCUGUGGUGACUGUGGACGACUGUGACACAGCCAUGGCCCUGCGCUUCGGGCCCCGCCUUGGCAACUACUCCUGCGCUGCCCAGGGCACCCAGACUGGCAGCAAGAAGUCGCUGGACCUGACGGGGCCACUGCUGCUGGGGGGGGUCCCAACACUGCCCGAGAGUUUCCCAAUCCGCAGCCGGCACUUUGUGGGGUGCAUGCGGCACCUCCACGUUGACCAGCGCCCCGUGGACAUGGCAGCCUUCAUUGCUAACAAUGGCACCCUGCCCGGUUGUCCUCCCAAGAAGACCCUGUGUGACACCAACACAUGCCACAACGGUGGCACCUGCGUGCAUGAAUGGGGGGGGUUCAGCUGCCGCUGCCCACUGGGCUUUGGGGGAAAAACCUGCCAGGAGGAAAUGGUGGGCCCGCAGCGGUUCAUGGGCAGCAGCCGCGUGGCGUGGAAUGGGCUGGCACUGCCCCUCUCCCUGCCCUGGCCAGUCCGCAUCAUGUUCCGCACCCGGCACCCCCGCGGGGUUCUGCUGCGGGCGGGGGCCGGAGGUCGCCUGACCCUCAUCCUUCAGCUGAGCGAGGGGCAGGUGGAGGCUGGUGCCUGGCAAGGGGGGGCCCGUUUGGCCACCCUGCGUCUGCCCCAGGCCAAAGUCAAUGAUGGUGCCUGGCACCACGUGGAGCUGGAGCUGCGGGGGGGCCCUGGCCACAGCCCCUCUGCCACCCUCCUCCUUCUCACCCUCGACUAUGGCCGCCACCAGGCGCUGGGCGAUGUCCCUGGAGAGCUGCAGGGAUUGCGGCUGCGCACACUGAGCCUCGGGGGGCUGCUGGGGGACAGUGGCACCGUGGAGGAGGGGUUCCAGGGGUGUCUGCAGGGCCUGCGUGUUGGGGACCCUGUGGUGACUGCGGAUGCCCUGAGCCUGGCACAGGCGGCGCAGGUGAAUGUGGAGGGGGGCUGUGCCCUGCCCGAUCCCUGCGACUCGGGGCCCUGCCCCCCCCACAGCUACUGCAGUGACGACUGGGACAGUUUCUCAUGCCGCUGCCACCCCGGGUACUUUGGUGACAGCUGUGUCAGUGCUUGUGCCCUGGACCCCUGCGAGCCUCCAGGCACCUGUACUCGCCAUCCAGGCACGGCCCCCGGCUAUGCUUGUCACUGUCCCCCAGGCACCUUUGGGGCCCUCUGCCAGCACCGGUUGGCGCAGCCAUGCCCACGGGGGUGGUGGGGACACCCCACGUGCGGCCCCUGCAGCUGUGACGUCGCCCAUGGCUUUGACCCAGACUGCAACAAGACCACGGGCGAGUGUCGCUGCAAGGACAACCACUACCGCCCACCAGGAGGGGACACGUGCCACCCCUGUGAGUGUUACCCCACUGGGUCACUGUCGCGCCGCUGUGAUGCCAACACUGGACAGUGCCCCUGCAAAGCUGGUGUCAUCGGCCGUCACUGUGACCGCUGUGACAAUCCCUUUGCUGAGGUGACAGCCAGCGGCUGUGAAGUGAACUAUGACAGCUGUCCCCGGGCCAUCGAGGCCAACAUCUGGUGGCCCCGCACUCGGUUUGGGCUGCCAGCUGCAGCCCCGUGCCCCAAGGGCUCUGUCGGCACAGCACUGCGCCACUGUGAUGAGCACAAGGGCUGGUUGCCCCCCAACCUCUUCAACUGCAGCACGCUGGCCUUUGCUGCCCUUCGCCCCUGGGCGGAGCAGUUGGUGGGCAAUGAGUCCCGGUGGGAUGCAGGGCAGUCCCGGCGCGUGGCGCUGGCACUGCGCGAAGCAACGCGUGAGGCCCGCGGGUACUUCGGCAGUGACGUGCACCUGGCAUACCGCCUGGCAGGGGCCCUGCUGCGCCACGAGAGCCGCCAGCGCGGCUUCCGCCUCGCUGCCACCCAGGAUGUGCACUUCACUGAGAACCUGCUGCGGGUCGGCAGUGCGCUGCUGGACAUGGGGAACAAGCGUCACUGGGAGCUGAUCCAGCAGACAGAGGGUGGCACAGCCCAGCUGCUGCAGCACUUUGAGGAGUAUGCACGAGCUCUGGCACGGAAUAUGCCCCAGACUUACCUCAGCCCCUUCACCAUUGUCACCCCUAACAUCGUGGUGUCAGUGGUGCGGCUGGACAAGAGCAGCUUUGCGGGUGCCCGCCUGCCACGGUAUGAGGCGCUGCGGGGGGAGAAACUCCCAGAUCUGGAGACGACCGUCAUCCUGCCUGACAACAUCUUCUGGCCCCUCAAGGACAGGCAAGAUGAAGCAGGCGAAGAGGAGAAAGUGGAAGAGGAGGAGGCAGGGAUGACGGUGGUGACCCGGCACAAGCGCCACCCAUCCCUGGGUGAGGGCCAGGCCAUCGUCAGUGUCAUCAUCUACCGUACCUUGGCUGGUCUCCUGCCCCAGCACUUCGACGCCGACAAGCGCAGCCUCCGGGUGCCCAAGCGCCCCGUCAUCAACACACCGGUGGUGAGCAUCAGCGUGCACACGGGGGGUACAGAUGGCGUGGGGGGCAUGGGGACCCCCCAGGUGCUGGCCAAGCCCAUCACCCUCCAGUUCCGGCUGUUGGAGACCCAGGAGCGCUCCAAGCCCAUCUGCGUCUUCUGGAACCACUCUCUGUGGGCGGGCAGUGUAGGUGGCUGGUCCGCACGAGGCUGCGAAGUCGCCUUCCGCAACCAGAGCCACGUCAGCUGCCAGUGCCACCAUCUGACCAGCUUUGCCGUCCUCAUGGACAUCUCCCGCCGAGAGAACGGGGAGGUGCUGCCGCUGGCAGCACUCACCUACGGCUCACUGGGCGUGGGGCUGGCGGGGCUGGCGCUGGUGGUCCUGGCCCUGGGGACCCUGAGGCGGCUGCACUCCAACCGCCACAGCAUCCGCCGGCAUGGCACAGCUGCACUGUUCCUUGCACAGCUUGUCUUCCUGCUUGGCAUCAACCAGGCCGAUGUCCCGCUGGCGUGCACGGUGGUGGCCAUCCUGCUGCAGUUCCUGUACCUGAGUGCGGUAGGCUGGGCGCUGCUGGAGGCCCUGCACCUGUACCGGUGCCGUAGUGAACCCCGUCAUGUCGACCGUGGUCCCAUGCGCUUCUACCAUGUACUGGGCUGGGGACUGCCUGCCUUCAUCACCGGGCUGGCGGUGGGGUUGGACCCCGAGGGCUACGGGAACCCCGACUUCUGCUGGCUGGCCCUGCACGACAGCCUGGUGUGGAGCCUGGCUGGGCCUUGCGCUGCCGCCCUUGCUGUCGGCAUCUUCUUCUUGGUGCUGGCAGCCAGGGCCACCUGUGCCACCCCCCAAGGCUUCCAGAAAAAGGGCUCAGCGUCUGGGGUGCGCACAGCUGCAGUCCUGCUGGCCAUGCCUAGCCUGGCCUGGCUUCUGGCCCUGCUCUCAGUCAACAGUGACACGUUGCUCUGUCACUACCUGUUCGCCGCCUCCAACUGCCUCCAGGGCCCCCUCAUCUUCCUGUCCUGUGUGGUGCUGAGCAAGGAGGUGCGAAGGAGCCUUCGUCUGAGCUGUGCCCGCUGCCACCACCCACCGCUGGCCACCAAGGCCACCCUCACUCCCGCCUAUGGUAGGGACAGCACAUACGUGGCAGGGAGACUGUACCCCCCUCCAGGUGGUGGGUCCUCGGGGUCCCUGCACAGCACUGCACGCUCGGGCAAGAGCCACCACAGCUACAUCCCCUUUGUGCGGCGGGAGGACUCAGGUCUGGCAGGCAGCCCGGGGCCAGUUCCGCUGCCCGAGCCUGGGGGGCUCUUCCUUGACGCCCAGGACCAGCCCGAGGAGCACGACACAGAGUCGGACAGUGACCUGUCCCUGGAUGACCCGAGUGGAUCCUAUGGCUCCACACAUUCCUCCGACAGCGAGGAUGAGGCCCCACGUGGCUGGGACCCCCUGCCCGGGGCUCUGACAAGUCCCCCCGGCCCUGGUGACCCCCUAGUGCCCCCGGGAUGCCCAUACUGGCCAGGGGAGUUUGUGACAACAGCGAGUGAGAGUGAGGGCCCAGGAGGUAGCGAGGGGCUGCGAGUGCAGCCAGCAGGGGGGCAGGGACACCCCUGCGGUGACUCCCCGCGGCCCAACGGCGAGGCACUCUCCAGGGACCCCCUGCUGCUGCCCCUGCCUCACCCCCACAAAGGGAUACUGAAGAAGAAGUGCCUGCCCCCCAUCAGUGAGCGGGGCAGUGCCCAGCGCCCUGGGCCACCCCCACCGCCUCCUGCUUGCACGGCUGCCUCCUCAGGCAGUGAUGUGGCCCCCCCCCCCGUCCCCCGGCCUCGGCAGAGCCUCCAGGAGCAGCUCAGCGGCCUCACCCCCAUUGCCAUGAGCAUCCGCACAGGCACUGCAGACGAGGACUCCUCUGGCUCUGAAUUUCUGUUUUUUAAUUUUCUCCAUUAACCCAAGGGGGCUGGGGGCUCCCCCCCAAACCCCACCCCACCAUCUCGUCCCAGGGGUUGGCGCUGGGUGCUGGGGGGCACAGAGGGCACCCUGGCGUCCACCUCCUCCAUCAAGCAUCUGUCUGUCUUGUUUUUUAUUCUCCCCCCAUCCUGCACUUUGUAUCCAU